UUUUAGCUUGAUCUGGAUGAAAUGGCAAAUGAAGCUAAACUAUCUGAAGAGAAGGCUGCUAGAGCUAUGAUUGAUGCUGCAAGACUUGCUGAUGAACUUCGUUCUGAACAAGAAUUUGCCAUGUGCCUUGAAAAAGACCGUAAGCUUCUGGAGGCCCAGUGCAAGGAUGCCCAGGCUCGUGCUGAUGAGGCUCAAGUUAAUGCUCUUAAGGGAGGAAAGAAAGCCAUGAUCAAAAUGGAGACAAGAAUUAGUGAGCUUGAAUCUGAGCUUGAUGCUGAAAAUAGGAGACUUGGAGAUGCUAACAAAAAUCUCAGGAAAACUGAUCGUAAGGUGAAAGAACUUACUUUUAGUGCUGAUGAGGACAAAAAGAACCAUGAGCGCAUGCAAGCUUUGAUCGAUCAACUCCAGAGCAAGGUUAAGUCAUACAAGAAGCAGAUAGAAGAAGCCGAAGAGAUUGCUGCUCUGAACCUUGCUAAGUUUAGGAAGGUGGCUGGUGUCCUUGGAGAAGCUGAAGCUGCAGCAGACCAAAAUGAACAAGGAUGAAGGCUCGUGCCAGGUCUGCAUCUCUUGGACCAAUGUAUAGUUAUUUUUUAUUCAAAUCAAGUAAUAUCAAGAUUAUCAUUCUUAAAUAAAUAUUUGCAAAUGUAUGUAUUUAUUUUUUUCAGAGAUUAUAUGAGAAUAUUUCAUUCUGUAAACUUAAAUUAUAUUUAAUUCCAGAUGGAUAAUUGAUAGGAAUAAGAAAACAGAAAGUUAGAUCCUAAAUUAAUAAUAUAUGAUAGAUGUGUACAAAAUAGAUAGAUUGAGAAUAAUUAAGUUAGAUAGACAUAGAUAAUAGAUAUAUUAGAAAGUCAUAGUUUGAUUAUGGAUAGAUUUUAAGGUAGAUAUUAAUAGGUAUAAUCAUGUUUGAAUUGAUACAAAGUUAUAUUGUUUAAUUUGAGAUACACUAAUACAGACCGAGCUUUUAAACUAUAUUAAUUUCGAUUUUUUCUUUCCUGAAAGCAUACACAACUCAUAUAAUAAUAAAAUGCUUUAUCUCAUUACACAUCUCU